ACACUAAACAUUUUUCCUCAAAGAUUUUUUUUUUUUUUCCUCAAAGAAUUUUUUUUUUUUUUUUUGAAAUGAUUCCUCAAAGAAUUUAGUUACAAAAAAGAAUAGUAAGAAAACCUGGACUCCUGCACUGCACUUGUCUCUACUUCCCACUGUUGCCGCCUAAAUCUUUCUUUUCUAGCUCUCUCUGUGGGAUUCAAUUUCAAUGGAGGUUCACAAGGAAUCUUCAACUUCUGGAGCUGUGAAAUCAGAAGAAAACUGCACAAUUGUUCUUGAGCUUUCGGAAAGUGAUUCUCUUUUCGAUAGAAAGAAGAUCUUGUUACAAAAGAAGGGAUUUAAUACAAAGGAGGUAAUACAUUUGAACAGCUCAAAUGAUCCUGAUGAAAUUAAAACUUCAUUGAAAAUCAUGCUACAGAUAGCAAGGAUCAUAAACUUUGAUGAGGUAGAGCUAUAUUUUUGGGAAGAUGAGACAAUCUCAACAGUUGACUUGUACAGUCCUAGAAAUGAGCUACUGGCUUUGAAUUCAAUCCUUCGGAUUGUUGAGAACUCACUCGAUAGUUGUACACAAAUGCAAAAGAAUAUCUUGGAAGAGUUACACAUUGCGGUUGUUGAUAUGAUUAGUAACUGUUCGAAUGAGAAUAGUAUCAAGUCUGUCAUUGUAGAAGACCACAGCUGUGACAAAGAAAACUGUUUGGUGCAAUGGGGUGAAGACAAUGGCAUGAAGUCAAGGUUACAGAUUGCCUAUGUGGAAGGAGCGGGAAGAGGAGCCAUAGCAAGAGAAGAUCUUAAGGUUGGCGAUACUGCUUUGGAGAUCCCUACCUCUUUAAUCAUUUCCGAAGAUCUAAUGAAAAAAUCUGACAUGUAUCAUAUAUUAGAAAAGAGGAAUGAAAUGUCCUCCGAGACGAUGCUGUUGCUGUGGAGCAUGAAAGAGAAGUACAAUACUAAUUCAAGAUUUAAGAACUACUUUGAGACACUGCCAGAAGAAUUUCGUACAGGAUUGAGUUUUGGAGUUGAAGCUUUCAUGGUUUUGGGUGACACUGUGCUGAUGGAGGAGAUCAUACAAGCGAAAGAGCACUUGCAGGAGCAGUAUAAUCAGCUGGUUCCACCUCUUUGCAAUGAGCAUCCAGAUAUAUUUCCACCAGAGUUGUAUACAUGGGAGCAGUUCUUAUGGGCUUGUGAACUCUGGUACUCGAACAGCAUGAAGAUAAUGUUUCCUGAUGGAGAACUAAGGACAUGUUUAGUUCCUGUAGCUGGCUUUUUGAAUCAUUCGCUAUCCCCACAUGUAAUAUCAUAUGGCAAAGUGGACUCUAAAACAAAUACCUUGAAAUUCUGUUUGUCAAGGCCAUGCAGUGCAGGAGAGGAAUGCUUCCUUAGCUAUGGCAACUUCUCUUCUUCUCAUCUCAUUACCUUCUAUGGCUUUGUUCCAAAAGGAGAUAACCCGUACGACAUCAUCCCAUUAGAACUCGAAGGCGAUGAGGGUGAUUUCGAUGAGAAUAGUCAUGUAUCAAGUACGAACACUCACAUGGCAAGGGGUACGUGGUUCUCGAAAAACCACGAUAUUUUCCAUUAUGGAUUGCCAUCUCCAUUGCUGGACUACUUCAGAAGAGCUCAAAAUGCAAUGCCACACUCUAAAACCCUUGUGCAAGAAAACUUGGAGAAUGAAAUAGAAAUUCUCGAACAACUCCGACUCAACUUUCAUGACAUGAUGGAGAGACUCGGCGAAGCAGAACUUGAUGACAGAGAAAACACUCGCUGGGAUGUGAAGCUGGCAAUAGAGUACAAAGAUAUUCAAAGGCGAAUCGUCUCUUCAAUCUUAACUUCGUGUAAUUCGGGUAUCGAGUUAGUUAAAGACAACUUGUGCAGAUGCAUGGCCUAAGGGACACUAGUGGCUAGGUAAGUGUCUAUGACUAAAAUGUUGUACUUUCAAGACAAACAAUGAAUCAGUUCAUUUUGGUAUGAAGGGCAUUAGAUUAUUAGGCCAUUUGAUUUUGGGUCAAUGAGAUUUGUCAUUGUCUAGUCUAACAAGAGAAAUUUUAUUUGGAA